GUUUACUAGAAAGCAGCACCCGGCUGAAACCUCAUGAAGCCCAGAACUACAGGAAGAAGGCAUUGUGGGUAUCCUGGUUCUCCAUUAUUGUCACCCUGGCCCUGGCAGUGGCCGCCUUCACUGUCUCCGUCAUGAGGUACAGCGCCUCUGCCUUUGGGUUUGCUUUUGACGCCAUCCUGGAUGUGCUAUCCUCGGCCAUUGUCCUCUGGCGUUACAGCAAUGCGGCCGCCGUGCACUCUGCUCACAGGGAAUAUAUAGCCUGUGUCAUCUUGGGGGUGAUCUUUCUUCUGUCAUCUAUAUGCAUAGUGGUCAAAGCCAUCCAUGACCUUUCAACAAGGCUGCUCCCUGAAGUGGAUGAUUUCCUGUUCAGUGUCUCCAUUUUAAGUGGGAUCCUUUGCAGUGUCCUGGCUGUGUUGAAGUUUAUGCUGGGGAAGGUCCUGACAAGCAGAGCUCUCAUCACAGAUGGGUUCAACUCCCUUGUUGGGGGAGUGAUGGGUUUCUCCAUCCUUCUGAGUGCAGAAGUGUUCAAACACAAUGCAAGAGUCUGGUACCUGGACGGCAGCAUCGGUGUCCUGAUCGGCCUCACCAUCUUUGCCUAUGGGGUCAAGCUCCUCGUCGACAUGGUGCCCAGAGUGAGACAGACGCGUCACUAUGAAAUGUUUGAGUGAAGGUGGCUGAAGGGGCUGCAGGGACUGCCCCAGCGCAGAGCGUCACCAUGGCGAUAAGAGGUUUCCACGAAGGCAGAUGGUGCCAAUAUUUAACUGCACAUCCAGUUUCAUUUUGGGAAGUUUUCGUUCAUAGAGUCUGUCAUCAUGGGAUGAGGUCUGCCUGGAGGCUGGACCUGCCCUACAUCCUCACCCCGUUGCCCACCAUCAAACACAUUAGGACGGUGUUGCCCAUGGGAGGGGCUGCCACGCUUCCCAGUCUUGAGCCGGAAGUGACAUUUUCUAUUUCCUGGAGUCAAACAGUUCUUGAAAGCAGGCUAGGGUCUCUGCUUGACAGGAAGCCACCUGUGGCGCUCACUGUCAGCCAAAACCAGAUAGUAACUGACCGGGUUGCCUCCUCCCGACACACAUGGUCAAAGCCACCUCCAGAGUCACACUCCUCUCUCCUAGCGGAUUCCAUCAGUAAUCCCUCCUAACGUCUAUCAACCCGUUUCAUACACUUUUACUAAUCGCGACACUAAAUCGAUUUGUUCAGAAGGAGACCAUUCUAUUUUUUAAAGUGUUUAGUGACCUAUGAGCUUUGCAUGAACAGGCUAUGUAAGCACAAAGCCCUUUCUUCCACAUCCAUGAGAACCCAGGAACCAUUUUUGA